ACGCGCCUGGCGCCGGGAAGCGGGGCCCUGUGGGCGGGGCCUCGCCGCAGCGCAGCCAAUGGGGAGGGCGGGCCCGGGCCCGAUGCCGGUUCCGGUUCCGGUCCCGGUCCCGGUUCGGUGCCGGCCCGGGUCCACCCGUCCCCGCCAUCAUGGAGCCGGCCGAGGCGGAGUUCCUGGCUGAGAAGGAGCUGGUGACGAUCGUACCCAACUUCAGCCUCGACCGGAUCCACCUCAUCGGGGGAGAUCUGGGUCCUUUCAAUCCCGGCUUGCCGGUGGAAGUGCCUGUCUGGUUGGCCAUUAAUCUGAAGCAGAGGCAGAAGUGUCGCCUGAUUCCUCCAGAAUGGAUGGACGUUGAAAAACUGGAGGAAAUCCGGGACCAGGAACGUAAAGAGGACACCUUCACUCCAAUGCCCAGUCCCUAUUAUAUGGAACUUACAAAGCUGCUGUUAAACUACGCCUCAGACAACAUCCCCAAAGCCGAUGAGAUUCGAACGCUGGUGAAGGAUACCUGGGACACCCGGAUAGCCAAGCUGCGGCUGUCUGCGGACAGCUUCGUCAGGCAGCAGGAGGCUCACGCCAAGCUGGAUAACUUAACCUUGAUGGAGAUCAACACGACGGGGACUUUCCUUACUCAAGCCUUAGAUCACAUGUACAAGCUCCGGACUAACCUUCAGCCUGGCGAGAGUGCCCACUCCCAGGAUUUCUGAGGUACUAGCCACGCUAGCCCUCAAACCUCCCAGGAGAGGGCAGUGGAAGGGAGCAGGCUCUGCUCCUCGCCCCUGGACCUUCAUCUGGCCAGCCUCCGCCUCCCUGCACCGAUCUCCCAAAGCCGCGAGAGCCGGCAGCCUCGUGGCAGGCCGGGAAUCGGUCCAGAGCUGCCGAUGGCACGGGAGCAUCCCUGCACGGUAGCUCCUCCACGCUCCCUCUUUGCGAAGGUGGGCCUCCCUCUCGGGUUCAGAGAUCUGCUUGGUGCAGGUGGUGGCUUGCCAGCACCUGGCUCUUGUCUAAUGAUGUCAGGCGGAUCUCUCUGCCCUGGAGAGUGUGGGUGUACUUCAUAGAGGGAACUUCUGAGGGCAGCACGGGCCACACACUGGCUUGAAAGCAAUAAAUUUAUAGGCGGUGCUUCGCCAUGAAUUUUUCUCAGAGCCUUGAAAAGGGAGAUGUGCCGGCAAUGAGAGGUGUCUGCUACUCUGCUGGGGAGAUCAGCUGGGAAGCAGAUCCAUCUGCUCUUUGGAGAAGGACAAAAGAAAAUGGCUUUUCCUCUCCAAAGCCAGGCUGUCUUGUAAUAUCACACAUCUGCCUCUUUUUUUUUUAUCUGAAACUGUGUAUAAAAAUAUUAAAAAAAAAAAUAAUUGCAGCUGAA